UACGCUCUGACGCACCCAAGAUGGCGGCGCCCGGCCAGCUUUUCCUCUCGUGACUGUUCCGGGGGUCUCUAGCUUCCUUCGGCAUGUUCCUUCUCCGAGACUGUGGCCGCUGGGCCACAGCGUCCCUCGUCAGACGGCUGCCUUUGCGCCACCUGUGCAGUGACAGUCGGGCACCCUGCAGCCCGCACUUCGACGUGGUAGUUAUCGGAGGAGGGCAUGCGGGGACCGAGGCGGCCGCCGCCGCUGCACGCUGUGGCUCGCGGACUCUGCUCCUCACACACCGCGUGGACACGAUCGGUCAGAUGUCCUGUAAUCCUUCCUUUGGUGGCAUCGGAAAGGGGCAUUUGAUGAGAGAGGUCGAUGCCUUGGAUGGGCUGUGUUCUCGGGUCUGUGACCAGUCUGGUAUACAUUACAAAGUACUAAACCGGCGUAAGGGCCCUGCUGUGUGGGGACUGAGAGCGCAAAUCGAUCGGAAACUUUAUAAACAGAGCAUGCAGAAAGAAAUCCUGAGUAAGCCCCUGCUCACUGUUCAGGAGGGAGCUGUGGAAGAUCUAGUCCUUGCAGAACCAGAGCCUGGAUACGUUGGAAAGUCCAGGGUCACAGGUGUUGUUUUGGCAGAUGGAAGUACAGUUUAUGCAGAGAGUGUAAUUCUGACUACUGGGACAUUUCUGAGAGGCAUGAUCAUAAUUGGAUUGGAGAUGCAUCCUGCAGGACGUUUGGGGGAUCAGCCGUCUAUAGGGUUGGCUCAGACUCUGGAGAAGUUGGGGUUUAUGGUAGGAAGACUGAAGACUGGAACUCCACCUCGACUUGCCAAAGAGUCUGUUAAUUUUGACAUUCUAAACAAGCACACACCAGAUAAUCCAUCCAUACCAUUCAGCUUUCUCAGUGACGAUGUGUGGAUCAAGCCAGAAGAUCAACUGCCAUGUUACUUGACUCACACCAACCCCAGAGUGGAUGAGAUUGUCCUUGAGAACCUUCACCUGAAUAGCCAUGUUAAGGAAACUACAAGAGGGCCCCGAUACUGUCCUUCUAUUGAAUCAAAAAUUUUACGUUUUCCAAACCGUCUACAUCAGGUUUGGUUGGAGCCUGAAGGACUGGAUUCUGAUCUCAUCUACCCACAAGGGUUGUCUGUUACACUACCAGCUGAGUUACAGGAGAAAAUGAUAACAUGCAUCAGAGGCUUGGAGAAAGCCAAAAUGGUUCAUCCAGGCUAUGGUGUUCAGUAUGAUUAUUUAGAUCCCCGUCAGCUCAGUCCUUCCCUCGAGACACAUUUAGUUCAGCGGCUGUUCUUUGCCGGACAGAUAAAUGGAACCACUGGCUAUGAGGAAGCUGCGGCUCAGGGGGUGAUAGCUGGAAUCAAUGCCAGUCUAAGAGUCAAUCGAAAACCACCCUUUGUUGUGAGUCGCACAGAAGGCUAUAUAGGAGUCUUGAUUGAUGAUCUCACCACCCUUGGCACCAGUGAACCAUACCGAAUGUUCACUAGCAGAGUAGAGUUCCGUUUGUCACUGCGCCCAGAUAAUGCUGACACCCGGCUCACAUUCCGAGCCCAUAAGGAAGCUGGCUGUGUGUCCCCACAGCGAUAUGAAAGAGCUUUGUGGAUGAAGUCAUCUUUAGAAGAAGGUAUUUCUGUGUUGAAAUCCAUUAAGUUUUCAAGCUCCAAGUGGAAAAAGUUAAUCCCACAGACUCCUAUAAGUAUUAAUAGAAGCCAUCCUGUCAGUGCUCUGGAUGUUCUUAAGUAUGAAGAAGUAGACAUGGAGUCACUAGCCAGUGUGGUUCCCGAACCCUUGAAGAAGUAUGCUGCAUGUAGAGAGCUCGCCAGAAGACUGAAAAUAGAAGCCACUUACGAGUCAGUAUUGUUGUCUCAACUACAAGAAAUAAAGGAGGUUCAGCAAGAUGAAGCUUUGCAACUUCCACAAGAUCUAGACUAUCUAACAGUCAGGGAUGUGUCAUUGUCCCAGGAAGUUCGAGAGAAGCUACACUUGAGUCGCCCACAGACGAUUGGGGCUGCUAGUCGUAUUCCUGGAGUGACACCAGCUGCCAUCAUCAAUCUGCUCAGAUUUGUGAGGAACACUCAGCAAAGACAGACAGCAGUGAUGGAACACCAGACCAAUCAGUACUUGUGAUGCAAACAAACUUGAAGACAGAAUUCUAACUUGCAUUUCACAGAGCUUAGGGCAAUGGUUCUCAACCUUCCUAAUACAGUACCUCAUGUUGUGUUGAGCCCCAAACACAAAAUUAUUUCAUUGCUACUUCAUACUGUGGUACUGUUAUGAAUCAUAAUGUAAAUAUCUGAUAUUCGAUCCCUGUGGGGGUCUCAACCCAUGAGUUGGGAACCCCUGGCUUAGAGAGUAUGAAUGGGGAAUAAAAAUGACACUGAAAACACUGUUAGGUGACUUUACGUUUGUCCUUAGAGGACAGACAAAGGUUACAGUUAUGCUUUUUUCAUGUAUCUGGGCAAGAUAGUGAAAAGCAAUGUGUAAUUGUCUCUGGGGCUCCUAUUUCUAUAGAUCAUAUAGCAUUCAUCAUAGUUAAGCAAAACUAAACCUGAAACAGUGUGGUGGAUCCGACUUAUAAUUCCCUAUCACUUAAGAGGCUGAAACAGGCAGACCAGAAGUUCAGUAUUGACCCAGCUCUCCAGUAAGACCUGGUCGUAGGGAAACAGGAGCCACUUACAGAGCCUGCACUCCUCAUCCUGCCUACUUUGUCAGUGACUCAGAAGAGCUCUCCCGUCUUCUGUUUUCUUGAUACUGGUAAAAACAAUGGGCAUCCUUUUCCUGACACUCGGGGCAUUUCCACUCAUUCUCCGAAGCCCUACUCCUGCCUACUUACUUUUAACUAAAUGGUAUUCUUCCUCUCUUUUUCUUCUUCAGCUCCCUCUCCAUGGCAGCUGCAGAGAUUUACAGUGUGCCUGCUCUGUUGUUCUCUCAAACUCUAGUAAAAUUGGACUUGAGCUUUAGAAACAAAGUACUCAGAAAGAUGGCCCAGGGUCUUGCUACAUUUGCAAAAGACCUGAGUUCUGCUGCCAGAUGAUAUCUGUAACUCCAACUCAAAGGGUCUGAUGCUCUCUUCUGGCCUCCAGUAGUAACAAGACCUCCUUUGUACCCUGCCUCAAGUAAAAGCUUUGAGGAGCUUGUUCUUUUUCAGUCCAGGCUCUUCAGGAACUACCAGUUACUAUGUAGAUGUUGCCAAGUUAAGAACACCACAUACAUACAACCAGUCCAGAAAUGACAUCAAGAAACCCAGUUAGAACCCAGGCAGUGGUGGUGUACACCUUUAAUCCUGGUAUUCAGGAGGCUGAGGCAAGUGGCUCUCCAAGAUGGAAGCAAAAGGAAAGAAGGAAGGCAGAAAAGAGAAAGAAAGAGAGAGACAGUUUUAAAGAUAAAAAUCCCAGGGAAGUUGACUCCAAAUGCCUGAUGAGUGUGUUGUUUUGUCAAGUACAAGGGUGCUGAGUCCAUCAAGGCCUUUUUAAAAACUAAGGAGACUAACUCUGAGACUCCUAAAAAAAACACUGCAGUCCAGGAGUAGACAUGCUGAGGGUCUCAGGCCCCAGUGAAAGCCUAUCUGCAAGUAUGGAGACAGAUAGAUUCAUGGGACAACCCAUCCCUCAUACUGUGUGCAGGGCACUAGUGUCCUUAUGGUGCUUCUCCAGGUAAAACUAAAAGUGGGGAAAUUUUUGAAAAAUGAAUUUGUAGAUUUGCUAUUCAUAUGUGAGGUUAAUUUAGUACACUAUACUCAGGUACACCAAACCACAGGCUUAUUAACCUUUUAGCCAUCUGUCUUGUUACUGUAGCUUAGGAAGCAGAGAGACAGCCUUAAGUUUGGAUGAAAAGUGAAGGCUGUACAAAACCACCCAGAUGCACUCAGCUAGCUUUUUUUUUUAUCUUGAGAACAGUCUUCUGCUGGUGUUCUAUUUUACAUCAUGUACAUGUAAUCAGGGGAGGAGCUGAAGAAAUGGCUCAGCAGUUAAGAGCAGUAGCUGCUUUUUCAGAGGAUUGGAUGAGUUUCAGCACCAUGAUGGCUCACUACAAUACAGUAACUCCAGUUCCAGGGGCAUCCAGUGCCCUCUUUUAGCCUUCAUAGGCAUGUGGUACACAGACAUACAUGCAGGCAGGCAAAACAUCCGUACGCAUGACUUUUUUUUUAUUCUUUAAUCUUUUAUUACAGUGCAUGCUUUAUACCCCUCCUGGCCCAUCUUCCAACUGUUCUGCAUCUCUCACCUCCUUCCCCCCCCCCCCCCCCCGGCACCCUGUCUCCCAAGAGGAUGUCCCCACCACCCACCCACACCCCACCAGACCUCCCCACUCCCUGGGGCCCCAAGUCUCUUGUUUAAUGCUAGUACUUGAAAGGGGAGGCAGGAAGGUCAGAAGUUCAGUCAUCUUAAGUUUGAGGCUAGCUAGGGCUACAUGAGCCUGCCUCAAGUAGGUGUAUGGGAGUUAUCUGUAGCCCAUGCAGUUUCUAAUUUUAGAAUUAAUUUGUUGGUUAAAAACUUAGAACAUUCAAAUCUUAGAUUUUAAUACUUUUGAAAUUUUCAGUAGCCAGUUUUAAACAUUAAUGAAAGUACUAUAAAGCAGACAAAUUUAUUUUGUAAGCUGGUUAAGGGAUGGAUGUUAAAAAUGGUCAUACAAUAAAAAUGUUUGAUGAUGCAACUGACCUGGCCAUGAUUUAACAUUAAAGCAGUCCAUCCAUAGUAA